CCUUCCUAAUGUCCCCUUGGCUCUCUGUGGGUUUCCUGAUCGCUGGUCCCAGGCCCAACAGGUGUGGAAGCGUCGUCAUGCCCUGGAGGAUGGGCGUCCUACCAAGGCCGCUGCUAUGGACUUUUCCAAGACAAAAUGACCUGGGCUGAAGCAGAGAUUGAUUGCCAGAGUCAAGGCACCAACGGGCACCUCGCUUCUAUUUCUAGCAAAGCCGAAGGAGCUGUGUUGGCCAGACACAUCAAGGCCUCUCUGCAAGGCUGCCAGCAUGUCUGGAUCGGACUGCAUGACCCCCAGAGGAACCGACGCUGGAGAUGGUCUGAUCGAUCGAUAGUCAACUACAGGUCUUGGGGCACUGGUGAACCUAGCAAUUUUGAAAACGAUGAAUACUGCGUGGAGCUUUUGUGUGACUCAGAUUAUCUUACGUGGAACGAUCAGAAUUGCAAAGACGAGAGCCCGUACAUCUGCGAGUUCGAACUUUAGUGCAGGAAGUUGCUUCUCCAACAUUCCAGAAACAACUAUGAGGAACCCAUCCUGUUAGACUAGAGAGCCUUCACAGCAAUCACCCUUCCUUCAAAGAAACCGGAUCUGCACCCUACAUAACAAACUGUCCUCCUUGUAGAUCACCUAUCUGAUAACUCGCUUAUGAAUCUUGACUGUAAACAGGAUAAUAACAGUAAACUCUGUCUUUGGAUAUUUGCAUACUGAA